AUAAGAGUCAGGGCCAUCAUAAAGUGAUACAUGUUUGCCAAUAAGCUUAUCUAGAGCUAUUUGUUCAUUCACAUCCACUUUGAAGAAAUGGAGAAACAAAAAGGCAACAGAUCCAUGGUGUCAAAAGUUGAGACUAAAGAUCAAUGGGAAUUGCUUUUCAAUAUGGCCCAGAAUAAGGCCUACCCUAUGGUGGUUCAUUUUGGGGCUACAUGGUGUGUUCCAUCAGUUGCUAUGAAUCCAGUCUUUGAAGAAUUAGCCUCAACUUACUCUCAUGUUAUGUUCAUCUUUGUUGAUGUUGAUGAAGUCAAGGAAGUUGCUUCAAAAUUUGAAGUGAAAGCAAUGCCAACAUUUAUUCUGAUGAAUGAUGGUGUUGCAAUUGACAAGCUAGUUGGAGCAAACCCAGAUGAAAUUAAGAAAAGGGUUGAAAUAUUUAUUCAGUCAGAUGGCACUAAUAUCGCCUAGUAUUUUGUAUUAAAUACAUCAUAUUUUUCGAUUUUUAAGUUUUCACCAAAUAAUUUUAAAAACUUUUACAUAUUUAACAUAUAUAAUGCAAAUAUAAAAGAACAUAGAAAGUAUAUUAUUUGCCUUGGCAUAA